AUGCGUAUCUCUAAGAGCAUCUCCAGCGCCCAACCCAAACUGGGUGAAAGGCUGCCAGGGCGAGCCCGAGAUGGCUCCAGCGCAGGACCCGUAGCCCGGUUUCAUGGUGGGUCCCACGAGCCCGAGGAAGCCCAAGGGCAAGUCUUGCCCGGGCUGAAGCUCGAGUUUGGUGACGCCAGCGCUAACGUCACCACCUGA